AUGACUUCUAACCGAAUAAGAAAAGAGCCGGGAGGGGCAUCAAAAGUAAGGAAAAAGAAGAAACAAGAUGCAUUAACAAAAUCAAUGGCUAAUUCGAUGUUGAGAAAGAAAGUAACACAAAGGGAAGACAUUUGUCUAAUAACGAGUCCGGAUCCUGACAUAGUUGCAGUUGUUAAGGAGCGUGAGUGUCAGUGGGCACAACACCGGUUCUGUCUUAGGCAUAUGUGCUUAAAAUUUUAUGAAGUCUUUCAUAACAAUCUCAUGACAGAGUUUGUUUACAAGGCGGGAUCUACGAAGUACGUAUCAAGUUUCGUGAAGUACUUGAAGAAAAUCGAAAAGAUGAACUUGGAGGCUCGAAAAUGGUUAGACAAAAUACCUCUACAUCAAUGGGCUCUGGCUUACGAUGAUGGUGGGCUGAGAUUUGGGAUCAUGACAACAAACACAAUAUCUAGGACAUAUGGAUUCAUAAACAAAGCUCUUGAUCUUCCUAUCACAACCUCCAUCUUGCUAAUUUUUGAUUACCGGGCAGAGCUUUUCAAAUCUCAACGUGGUCUUCUUGGGGAACCACUGAAUGGAAGAGGCCUAUACUCUAAAUAUGUCAUGGAUUUUAUUGAAGAGUGUAAGGAAGCUUCUAGAACGCACGAUGUAUUGCCUCUAGACCGGACGGGGGAGAAGUUUCAGGUCACGGAAGUGAUGCAAGUUAGUCAAAUUAGUGAUCGGGUAUGCAAUUGUGGGGUAUGGCAACUUUACAAGUAUCCAUGUUCACACGUGUUAGCGGUUUGCAGGAGGCUGAACAUUGAUCAUUUGCAGUAUGUUGAUGACUGUUACAGUACCGAAAGUUCUCGUGCAGUUUUAGCAGUUGAUUUCACGCCGCUUCCGGGUGUCUCUGAUUGGCCUGAAGGUUCCAAGAUUGUUUCCUCCCGGAAGUCGUCCGAUAUCAGCUGA